AUGAGCGAUAGAGAGCGAGUAGAGGAUAAACCAAUCGAUCAGAAUGAGUUGAAUGAGCUGGAUAAGCAGACGAGGAAGAGGGAUAGAGAGGCGAGCGUUGAACCCAAGGCUGAUCAUUCUGGAGAUGAUCUCGCUGCGAAACGUGGUAAAACUGAGCUUAAUGAGCAGAAUAUCAACCAAAUUCGUGAUAAAGUGGAGGAUAUUGACUGGCAUAAGGGGGAGAAUGAUAAACAAGAACAAAAACAAGAACAACACCAGCACAGCAUCAAUACACAAGAGAAUGAAAAGAAACCAAAGCAAUCUACUUUCGCUUCAUUUGCAAGCACAGCGUCACCAUUUGCGAGCAGCAGUAGCAAUACCACUACCAAACAAGGCGAUAACAAGGACAAUGACAAAAAUCCACCAACAGCCUUCUCAGCAUUCGCUAAGAGCAGCAGCGCACCCAAAACAGAGGAUAACAGCAGCAAGACGACAUUCGACGACAAGCUGUCUUCUACACAAGGAGAAAGCUUAGUGGACCACAAGCACCAUCUCAAUCUGGCUCCUAAGGAAACUAAAACUGGUGAAGAAGAUGAGCAAAAUGUGUUUCAGAUUCGCUCUAAGCUCUACAUACUUCAUGACAAAGAGGGUAAUUGGAAGGAGAGAGGAGUUGGGCUAUUCAAGUUGAAUAAAAAUUCAAAUCGGAGGUCUAGACUCGUUAUGAGGGCAGAUGGUGUUCUCAGGGUUAUUCUUAACGUUGCUCUCUUUCCUAAAAUGCCCGUGCAGCUCGCACAGGAUAAGUUUGUCAGGUUUAGCGCACCUAGUGAGGAUAACAGACUUGAACAUUUCACUGUCAAGUUUGGCAAUGCUAAGCUUGCUGAGCAAGCAUAUAAGAGUAUAAUGGGGUGUGUGGAUGAUAUGAAGGAGGAAGAAAAGGAGGAAGAAAAUGAGGAAGAAAAAGAAGAAGAAAAUGAGGAAGAAAAGGAGCAAGACAACAACGAUGACAACAAAAGUGUAAACAAGGACAACGAAAACACCGCUGACAAGGUUUAG